AUGCCUUCAUAUGCUCGAUUCAUGAAGGAGUUGCUCACAAAGAAAAGGAAGUACAUUGAAGAAGAGACCAUCGAAGUCCAGGGAAAUUGUAGUGCCAUCAUCCAAAAGUUGCUUCCACUAAAGUUCAAAGAUCCCGGUAGUUUCACUAUUCCUUGCACUAUUGGCGAGUUGGCUAUUGGGAAAGCACUAAUCGAUAUGGAAGCAAGCAUAAACUUGAUGCCUCUUUCUGUGAUGAUGAGGAUUGGAGAUUUGGAAUUGAAGCCCACAAGAAUGACAUUCCAGUUAGCAGAUAGGUCUAUCAAGUGCCCUAUGGAGUCAUUAAGGACGUGCUAG